GGUCGACUGGCUAGCUCGAUUGUGAUUCAUGAAUGAGUAUAUAAAGAUAUCUGUUCUCGAUUCUACAACUCUCAAGAACUUCGUAGUUUAAGCGCCUAAGGAAUUGAGGACUUAGAAUUAUACAUUUCUUUUACAAACUACACAAUACCAACUCACGGCUCAAUUCUGAAAUUUCCUUUAGCCGACCUUUCAUUCACAACUUCGAGUUGAAAAUCCUAAUUGUCAAUAAACACCAUAUACAAGUACUGCUUGCAUACUUAUCCAAUCACUAAUCAUCCUCCCAUUGCUCAUCUAUCCAUCCAAAAAAACGGAAAUGGCACCGUCAAAAAAAGGUCACUCUCCACCUAUCCCGCGAGAUCUACGCAAUAUAUCUAGGGAAGGUUUACCUGCAUUUCAACCACCACAAGCACAACCAUCAAAUCGGUCUUUAAAUAUUUCAUCAAGAUCCUCAAGAAACCUCCCUCCCAUCUUUCCCAAUCUCCUCCCCAGAUCUACAUCACAAGGUCUGAAUCCAAGACCUGUAUCUGGAACCCAACCUCAAACUCAAACUCAAACUCAACCUCAAAAUCAACCUCAACCUCACACUCAACCUCAGCCUCGCCAUAUUUCAUCUAGAGCUAGCUCUAGAACGCAAUCCCGAUUCCAAUCCCAAUCUAGCUCUCGACCACUGUUACCAAGCCUCUCGCUUUCAAGACCUCGAGAUCUUGUUCCAAGACCUAGAAUCACUUCGAUGGACAGCAAUUUAACUUUGGGUCCAGGCCAAGGUCAAUUUCAAGCUCAACUUCAAACUCAACUACGACCACACAUCAACUCACAGUCUCAGAAUCAAAACCAGGGAUUCUAUACUAACUUUUUCCCUCCUUUUACUGAUGGGUACUCUCCUGCCACUCAGUUCCAAACAACUACUCCACCCACAAAUGGGUAUUCAUACCAGGGCACCCACCGAGCUUUAAAUCCACCUCAACCUCCAACACAAGUUCACCCCGAAACUCGAACUCAGAAUCAAGAGUUUUACAGCAACUUUCCGUAUCCGUUUCCUACUGCGCACUCUCCUUUCUCUCAGUUUCAGAUGAACACUGAACCUGAAGAUCGAGAACUCCAUCGAGGUACCCACCAAGAUUUAAUUCAAGCUCCAAUUCAAGCUCAAAAUGAAACCUUCACUCGAGCUAACAAACGUGCUCGACUUUCCUAUUCACAUUCCAACCCAAACAGCAGAGUGAACGCGGAAGGAAGCGAACGAAGAAAUGAACAUGGAGCCGCCAACAGAACGAGAACUGCCACUGGAAACCGGAAUGCGAAUCAUAUCACAACCCAGAACGACCCCCAGUCUCCCAAUGAUACAUCUUCAGAAUCACCACUCAGCACACCGCCUGAUUCUGUUUCAACUUCACCACCCCUCUUCCCACUUCGUAAUCUUCCACGCUUUGGUAGUUUUAGACGUAGUCAGGGACUUGGCUGGUCUCCUGGAAGUAGAACCAGAGCUCUAGAUGAACGUCGGAAUUGGAAUCGGACAGAGAAUGGAAUUGGAACCGGGGAUGGAAGAAUCAUUCCCCAUUUACCCUCCAACCGCUCCAACCCCAUUCCAACUCCCUACACCGAGCUUCCCGUCUUCUCCAGUAACCUAGAUAUUGCAAAUCGUCCAACUGUAGCGCAGAAAAGAUGGAUGUAUGCUGUGCGGAAGGAAGGGAGGAGUAAUGAUCGGAGCGAGAAUGGAGGAUAUAGUAGAGGGAUUGAAGGGCAGAUGAUUCGCCUGUUUGGGGGUGUGGGGGAUGGAGGAGUGGGUUAAAUCGAGGAGUGAGGGUGCGAGAUAGGAGAUGGGAGACGAGGGGUAGGGAGAUGGAUAGGGGAUGGGGAUAGAAAUGGGAAGGAGAUAAUGAGAAGGAGGAUGAAGUUAAACAUGACAAUAGAAAGAUAAACAUGCAUAUAAUAUCAUCUCA